AUGUCGGGCCAAACAGAGGCUCAGGACUCAGACUCAGAGGAACAGGUCUUGGGUGCCGCCGCCACUGAUGCAGAGACAGAACAAAAUACUCCAGGACUUAAUGCACCUGCGCCUGGGGCUUCGACCCCUUCGGCUGGCCUUAACAUUGGGGCACGGGCGGCACGGGCAAGGCUAAGGAGGUCCUCGUGCGUCAUAUGUGGCACUCCGACUGACAUGCGGCCCGGUCAAACCACAGCCGUCUGUGCCCGCGACAGAGGCCGACAGAGAAGCUUUCAUGAUCAGGCCGCCCGUGCAGGCAACCUUGACGAUUUGUUGGAAGUCAUGCGCGAUCAUCCUGAGACAUAUUUCGAGAUCUUCCGUGCCUGGCUGGCUCAGCAGCAACUUGGCUAG